AUGGCUCAGCAGGAGCCAGUGACCUUUGAGGAUGUGACUGUGAAGUUCACCCGGGAGGAGUGGGCUCUGCUGGAUCCAUCCCAGAAGAAACUGUACAAAGAUGUGAUGCAGGAAACCUUGAGGAACCUGGCUUCUAUAGGAAACAACCUGGUAAACCAGGAGGUUGUAAAUGAGUAUGAAAAUCUCUGCAGGAAAUUAAGGUAA